GAAAAGAAAACAAUUGGGAAUUGGUAGAACUGAAAUGUGACAGCUCGUCGAUCGUUUUGACAAUUAGUGACGGGUUACUUAUUUAUAUUAUUUGGAAUGCGGUGAUAUGAUAAAUGUUAAAUUAAUUAUAAAUUGACAUGAUCGGCCUAUUAAAAAAUAUUUCUCUAUAUAAAAAUAGAGUUAAUAAUCUCUAUAGAGCUUAUUUAAAAUAAUAAAACAAUAAUGACUCGUAUUUUCACUGUUCUUUUCAUUCCAUUCAUUCUAUCGCUAUUGAUGGUUGUCAAAAAUAAAAAUUGUAUAAAAAGUUACAUCACUUAUGGCGAUAAAAAAGAAAACAAUUAAAGGGGAAAAAAAAUUAAACACAGUAAAUUUUGUUCUAUUUACAAAAUGUCAGUUGACAUAAUUGAAGACAAUAAUGCAUCAUCGGAUAAUAAAAAUGAUUUGCCGGUUGUUAAACAACCAACAACUCGAGGUGGUCUCAGGGUUUACAAGAUUGUCGUUUUAGGCGAUGGUGGAGUUGGAAAAUCAGCUGUAACGCUACAAUUUGUCAGUCACAGUUUUCUAGAUUAUCAUGACCCAACAAUAGAGGAUUCAUAUCAGCAACAAGCUGUUAUCGAUGGAGAGGCUGCGCUUUUAGAUAUUUUAGACACUGCAGGACAGGUGGAAUUCACAGCAAUGCGAGAUCAAUAUAUGAGAUGUGGAGAAGGUUUUAUGAUUUGUUAUUCCGUCACAGAUAGACACAGUUUUCAAGAAGCUAUUGAAUAUCGAAAAUUAAUUUCCCGAGUUAGAGCCAGUGAAGAUAUUCCGUUAGUGUUGGUUGGCAAUAAAUUCGACCUUCAACAACAACGGAAGGUGACAACUGAAGAAGGAAAAGUUUUGGCAAAUCAAUUGGGAUGUCCAUUUUAUGAGACAUCGGCAGCUCUACGUCAAUUUAUUGACGAUGCUUUUUAUUCACUCGUUAGACAAAUUCGCGCUAAAGAAAGAUCACGUACAACUGUUCGUAAGCAUAGUCGUUGGUGGCGUUUAAGAUCGAUUUUUGCAUUUAUUUUCCGAAGAAAAAAUAGACAUAAUCACAAUAUUCAUUAUUCCCCUUAAUUCAAUGAAGUACAAAAAAAAAAAAAAAAAAAAAAAAAAAAAAAAAAAAAAAUCUUUUAGAACUUCAUUGAUAUCCGUCAAACAACGAACAACUUUUUAUCGUUUUAUUGAAAAUUUAAUUCGAGAUGAUUUUUUUUCAAAGAAAAAAAAAUUGUCUUCCCAAUCACACUGCCUUAGGAAUAACCCCAGAAUACUCUGAGAGCUCUCAAGGAUUUAGAUUUCAAGUUUUAUAAAAGUGUGUAUCGUAAAGUCGAAAGAAAGGCAAAAAAGAAAGAAAGAUAGAAAAAAAAGCACAUUGCCGAAACCAACCCAUAAAAAAAUUUGUUCUUUUUCUUUCAUUUGUUUUUAAAAAUGCAUACAUCGAAGGUAGAAAACUUAACAAAGCACAACAGUAUUUCACAAUAUUUAUUGUAUUGUAAAAGACGAUUUAUUUAGAAAUGACUCACAAACAUUAUUUUGUGUUUAUGAUAGAAACAAAAUUUUUAUACAUAAUAGAUUUAAAAUCCGAGUAUUUUAUAAAAUGGCCUUUCAAAUUGCAUGAAUAUUAUUGAAAUUGUACAAGAUUUUUUUAAAUCUCUUUUAAUUAUAUUAUUAUAAAUUUUUACUACGCAAAACAAGUAAAAAAAAACCAUACUUUUUCAUAUUUAUGACGAAGACCAAAAAAUUUUUCAAAAGAAACAAAAAGUGACGCGAAUAGUGCAAAAUUUCAUGUUAAAUGUAAAAGCAAAUAAUUGUCUAGUCGCUACUUAAUUAAUACCUAGUCAAAUUUUGCAUUUUGUUUGUAUACAUUUUAUUUAUUGAGUUUAUAAUUUUCACGUUAGAUAAAUAUUUAUUAUUAUA